AUGGCCAAGAAGACCACAAAGAAAUCAAAGGCCUCUGUACCUUCCUCGAAUAGUGCUGUUGGCACCACCAAUAGUAAUCUUGAAACUGCCGAUCCUGUGUUUGAAUAUAAGGUUGAAGAAGGCCCAUGUCACCCUUUUGUUGUCACCACCCCUCCUAAAUACAUUUCAGAUGCCCGUUCCCCAACUUCAAAGAACGAGAAAUUCGUGAUUGCCGCAUUGGUGCUCUUCACAACCGUUGUACGUUUCUACAAAUUGUCGUAUCCUGAUUCAGUGGUGUUUGACGAAGUUCAUUUUGGCGGGUUUGCUCGUAAAUAUAUCCUCGGGAACUUCUUCAUGGAUGUCCACCCUCCUUUAGCCAAAAUGCUCUAUGCUGCCGUCGGCUACAUUUUGGGGUUCAAUGGCUCUUUUGAAUUCAAAAACAUUGGUGAUGUGUAUCCUUCCAGUGUCCCAUAUGUUGGUAUGCGUGCUUUCCCUGCUGCGUUAGGGGUUGGGACCGUGUUAUUUUCCUACUUGACUUUGAGAGCCAGUGGCUGUCGUAUUGCAACUGCCUUGCUCACUGCUGUCUUGUUAACCAUUGAAAAUGCCAACACCACCAUUUCUCGUUAUAUCUUGUUGGACUCUCCCCUUCUUUUCUUCAUUGCUGCUUCGGUGUACUCUCUUAAAAGAUUUGAAAAUGAAACCCCAUUUUCUUGUAAAUGGUACAAGUCUCUUAUUCUUUCUGGGAUUGCCCUCGGUUGUGCUGUCAGUUCCAAAUGGGUUGGGCUUUUCACUAUUGCCUGGGCUGGAUGUUACAUGGUCUGGCAAAUGUGGUUUAUCUUUGGUGAUUUGUCACUUUCUCCAAAACAAGUUACUCAACAUUUCUUUGCCAGAGGUUUGAUCCUUCUUGGGAUCCCUGCCCUUUUAUACUGUGCUUUCUUUGCUGUUCAUUUCCAAAUGUUACCUAACGAAGGUGACGGUGGGGCCUUCAUGUCUUCUGCCUUUAGAACUACUUUAAAUGGCAAUACCGUUCCAAGAAGCACUAAUGCUCGUGUCGGGGUCAAGUCUUUCAUCACUUUACGUCAUGUCAACACCCAAGGUGGGUACUUACACUCUCACGACCAUCUUUAUGAAACCGGGUCUAAGCAACAACAAAUCACUCUUUAUCCACAUUUGGACGAAAACAAUGUUUGGGAAAUAGAAUUAUACAAUGUCUCUACUCCACCAACUGAAUUUGUCCCAAUCACCGACGGUACCAAGAUUAGAUUGAAGCAUAAGGUUACUCAACGUCGUUUGCAUUCUCACAACCUCAGACCCCCAAUGAGUGAACAAGAUUGGCAAAAUGAAGCGUCUUGUUAUGGGUUUGACGGUUUUGAAGGUGAUGCCAAUGACGAUUUUAUCGUGGAAAUUGAUAAACCAUUGUCUAAGAAAGGGGCUGCUAGAAAAGAACUCCAUGCCAUCGAUACCGUUUUCCGUUUGCGUCAUGCCAUGACUGGUUGUUUACUUUUCUCUCACGAAGUCAAACUUCCAAAGUACGCUUUUGAACAACAAGAAGUCACUUGUGCCACCCAAGGUAUUCGUCCAUUGUCCCUUUGGUACGUCGAAGUCAACGACAAUGAAUUCCUUGAUGAUAGUGCCGAAAAGACCGGUUACAAAACUCCAUCCUUCUUUGACAAACUUGUGGAAUCCCAUCAACGUAUGUGGCAUAUCAACAAUGGUCUCACUGCUUCCCAUAACUGGGAAUCCCGCCCUCCUUCAUGGCCAGUCUUGCAAAGAGGUAUCAACUAUUGGGUCAAGGACCACCACCAAAUCUAUUUCCUUGGUAAUGCCGUCACUUGGUGGGCCUCCAGUGCCGUUAUCUUUGUUUACGUUUGUAACCUUGCCGCGUUGGCCAUUAACUGGCAAAGAGGUAAACCUCUCAUCACUGACCCACAUUUCAUCAACUUCAAUAUCCAGACCUUGAUCUUUGUUGGUGGGUGGGCUCUCCAUUACUUCCCAUCAUUCCUUAUGGGCCGUCAAUUGUUUUUGCACCAUUACAUCCCAGCGUUCUAUUUCCAAGUGCUUGCCCUCGGUCAAUGCUUUGAUCUUUUCCUUGGAUUUUUCCUUGCCACUAAGCCAUGGGUUGCCUAUUCAAUUUUUGUGGCCUUCCUUUCUGCCUCUGCCGCGUUCUUCCACCAUUUCUCCCCACUCAUUUGGGGUAGUGACUGGACAAAAUCAGAGUGUAAUGCAUCGAAACUUCUUGAUUCUUGGGAUUUCGACUGUAACAGCUUCCCAGAAUCUUAUUCUGAGUACGCCAGUGCUGCCCUUACUCCAGCUCCAACCUCGGUAGUUGCUAAUACUCCAGUAGCCAAUGGUGCCGAACUCAAUAAUGAGCAAAUCAUCCAACAGGCAGAAACUCGUGGCAAAGUGAUCCGCAAGUACCAGGAUGGAGAUGGCAACCCAAUCGAUCCAGCGGUCGCCGAAGCUUACAUCAAGGACCACCCGGAACAAGUGUUGAAGGUGGAAACCCAGACGCAUGAAGGAAUCUUGUAA